AUGCCUCAAUAUAGCACUUUUGCCAUUCCGACAGAAGGGAUAUCGCGAGAGGUAGUCGAGUGCGAUCUGCCCUUAUACCUUGGCCGGGAUGCCAAGGUAAUGGAGAAUAAUGUACACAACUUGAGGCCGGUUCACAGCACAGCCUCGAGUAGCGAGCUGACUCUGCCACAGAAAGGCGAUCGAUAUGUCAUUCAGUCAUUUGCGGAACCCCCGAGGCACAUGAUCAAAGCUCUGCGCGAUGAUACAGCAAGGUGGUAUAGAAGCGAUGAACACAAGAGACGAUUGCGGUACUCGGAGAGUCGAAUCCAUCAGGAUCGGAAACGGGCUUCCCAGGGACAGGCCAUUCCUCAAUCACAACUGGCGAGGCACAACUCCCGCGACAAUCCCUCAGGGAAUGUUGCUACAGGCGUGUCCCCGAUUCCAGUGCCGUCGAGACCCUCUCUGGUACAACGGUAUAGCUCAAGCAAUGGUUCGGUCUUUGGGUCGUCCCAAGUCUCGCCUGGGUCCAACUUUGACAGUGGUUCUCGGUGCCAAUCGAGGCGUGAAUCAGACGCAAUGUCUUCACUGGAUGGCGGUAUGAUCAGUCGGACAAUGUCGGCGUCGAGCGCUGCUAGCAGCUAUGGGACGAAUGGCACGUAUGGCUUCAGCCAAGAUCCGCCUGGAGGCCGAAACAGUGAAUUGGCGACCGAGGCCCCCCUGCGUAUCUUGACCGGCUUUGAGGCAGCGUACGGUGAAAGGGUGUACAAGGGUCGAUCCCUUGCUUGA